CCUCAACGACUGAUGGAAAAGGGCGGCUUCUUUCUCACCAUACUUCUUUAUGUAGCCGUUUUAAUAAACCAAGUAUGCUAUGGAAAAACUGGAAUUGAAAAUAAAAAGAAAUUUACAAUAGAAGCGGGAAAGAGAAUAGUUUUAAGUAAUUCAACAAUUACAACUAAAACGGAUUCUUCCGCAGCUUGUGCUAGCCUUUGUACAAGCGAUAUAGAUUGUGUCAAAGCAAGUUAUGAUAAAUCCAUCAAACAAUGCAUAUUGGAUACCGACUGUAUCCCAACGACAGAAAAUUGUCAGAAUGCAGUUCUCAUCCGAAUAAGUGAAGAAUUCUAUGUAAAAAGACCAACUGACUGCGGUGACCUAGACAACUCAACUAGCAAAAGUGGGAUUUACAAGAUCUUCCCUGAUAAAAUUUCUUGUUUCAAGGCUUUCUGUGAAAUGGAGAAACAUGGUGGGGGCUGGACUGUUUUCCAACGUAGAAUGAACGGAGAGACACAUUUCUUUAUAGAAUGGAGUUAUUAUAAGCAUGGAUUUGGUGACCAGAGUCAAGAAUUUUGGUUGGGUAACGACCAUCUGCAUAUGCUGACCUCUCAAGGAAACUACAGAUUGAGGAUUGAUAUGGAAGACUUUGAAAACAGCCAAGCUUAUGCGCUGUAUGACUACUUCAGCGUUGGUAGUGAAAGUUCUGGUUACAUUUUGAGUGUUAGUAAUUAUUCUGGUGAUGCAGGAGAUUCGAUGGCUUUUCAGAACGGACAGAAAUUCUCCACAAAAGAUAGGGAUAAUGACGUAUGGGACGGGGAUUGUGCAGCAGUGUUAAAGGGUGCUUGGUGGUAUAGUUCAUGUCACCGUAGCAACCUUAACGGCCUCUAUCUGGAAGGAAAUCAUACUUCAUUUGCUGAUGGCGUCAAUUGGGUAACCUGGAAGGGCUACCACUACUCACUAAAAGAAUCAAUCAUGAUGAUCCGCAAAGUUUAGAUAGAUGAACCUAUGUUAUGAACAAUAAAUAAUGCAUAUUCUCAUUCUAUUUUUUUGUUAAUUUUUUUAGAUUAUAUGAUUCUGUAUGUCUCAGUCAUUCGUUAGAUUUCGGUUUUGUAGGCAUUUUUUCUCGUACAAUAUUGUUAGUGUCAUGGAUGGUUCCCUAUUGUCAAAGUUUGAUCUGAUUACAGAUUCAAAAAUUAAGAAUCAUUUACAGUCCGUAUAAUAAUCCAAUGAAAUCAAAUUGUGCUGAACGUUAUAUUCUAUGGUUUAUAACUAAACGUUAAAUAGAGAACAUGGAUAGUUUAUUUCAUUGUAGUUUUAAAAUCUAUUGAAUUAAUCU